AUGGCAACCACCUCCUCCAGGAGCGAUCCUCUGGAUGAGAUCCGCUUCACCGGCCCAGUCGAGUUCGAGGGGGGCAUCCACAACAACAGUGUGCUCUACUACUUCGCUACCUCGCCCUUUUACGACAAGACCUCCAACAAUGAGGUUCUCUUUCAGCAGGGUCUCAACAAUCCCAACAUGAUGCAAUUCCUGGCCACCCGAGAGGCUUUUGAGGGCCGCUUGCGCACCAUGUCUGGCCUCGAGUUCAUCGUUGCCCAGGAGCCAGCCGAGACAGGCCCCGGCGCGGGAACUGGCGUCUGGGUAAUCAACAAACAGACACGCCGCAAGAGAAGAGAGGGCGAGGAGGAUGAGAUCGCUGUCCACUCGGUAUACUAUAUUGUUGGAGAGCAUAUUCACAUGGCUCCCAGCUUUGCUGACAUUAUGAGCGCUCGACUCGUAAGUUUGCUGAUCUUCUUUCGGCUGCCUGCUGGGCCUCGACACGAUGCUAAUCAUUGUUAUUGCGAUGUACAGGCAACCAUCUCCAACUUCCUCAGCAAUAUUCUUCCGUCUUCAGCUUCCGUCCAAGCCUGGUCUCCUGCAACUGGCCGUGUCUACAACCAACCCUCCACUACCACGGCAGGCUCCAAUUCUGUCAAAGCUAUCACGGCCUCUGCUCAGCAACAAUCUCAAGGUUCAAGACAACAGAGCGACAUCGGUCUCCCCACAACCCGCGACUUUGAAAAAGCUCUCUAUCUUCAUGAGCAAUACGGCGAUCAGUACAUGGAUGAGAACCCCAUCACCGGACGGCCGGGCGAAUUUCACCUCUCCUCCACCGGCAGAGCCAAAGUUAACCUCUCUGCGGCUGCGGCUGCCAAGCCAUUACCAGUCAAGCUCCCGACAAUCAACACCAAAGUGGCCGACAGUCCUCUCACAUCAAAACCCACGGGCAAGGAAACCAAAAGCCCCAAAAUCCCGGGCGGUCCGGGGAAGCUCAAGAGAAGGAAGAGCAGCAAAGCUGCUGUUACCCCGUCAUAG